AUGCACAAAUGGGUGCAGAUAUGGAAGCUCCAGCGCGUGUUUUCGGGCCUCUACCUCCAUGCUCUGUUCCUGUUGGGCAGCAUGCGCAUGGCCUCCUGUGACUGCAGCCCCCAGCAGCUGGCGGCCAUCAUGAACUGCUCCAAGCACGAGCGCCACACUCGAAACUACGACUACAUGGAGGGCGGCGACGUGCGCAUCCGGCAGCUCUUCAGCCGCACGCAGUGGUUCCUCAGCAUCGACGACAACGGCAACAUCACGGGGACCCAAGACCCCACCAACUGCUACAGUAUUCUGGAGAUACGGACCGUCUCAGAGGGAGGCAUCCUGGCCAUCAAGGGAGUCAAGAGUCAAUUAUAUAUCUGUAUGAACAAGGCUGGACAGUUACAAGCCAAGAGACUCUACACUGAUACCUGCAACUUCAAGGAGGUGUUCUUAGAAAACUACUUCAAUGCAUAUUCCUCCAUGAAGUGGACUAAAAACGGGAAGCAGAUGUUCAUUGCCCUGUCUCAGAAGGGACGUCCCGUGAGAGGGAAGAAGACACGGAGGGAGCAUGUCGCCUCGCAUUUCAUCCCAAUGCAGUGCCGUGAGGAAGAGAGGCGAAUAGACUGA